AUGUGGGAACUUGAGACUAUUGGCCAAGGAAGACAUAUUUUAAGGAUAGGCGAAAAUCCUGCUUCUAUUAAUAGUUUGGUAAAAGUGGUUCUAGUAUUUACUUCACUAUUUGAAGCAAUAAUACUUCCAUUGUUGGUUUCUCUUAUCUGGAUAUCUAUUUACAAAAUUAAACAAAAAAUGAAUGGCAGUGAUUUUAAAGUGUGUAUGGAGGCUACACAUGGCUCUGUUUUAAAGCUUUUCAUGGAUUUAUACCUCAGAUAUAAAAGAUUAUCCAAGG